AUGGUGAAACUUCAAGUAAUAUACCUUGAUGGAAAUCCGCUUGGACCCUCUCUGCCAGCAGACAUCUUCGCUGGACUUGAAAAUUUGACACAUCUGAAUCUUUCAAGUUGUUCGUUGAGCUCAAUAACAGAAGACACAUUCAGGAAUCUGACUGUUUUAGAGAAGUUAUACCUUGAUGGAAAUCCGCUUGGACCCUCUCUGUCGGCAGACAUCUUCGCUGGACUUAAAAAUUUGACACAUCUUUCCAUGCGUGCUUGCAACUUGGAAAAUAUCGUCAAUGGAACUUUUCGGGCAAUGCAAUACCUACAGUCACUGUACCUUCAAGGAAACGAGCUUGAGACGAUAAGCGAUGGCACUUUCAACAACUUUGGAAGAUUGGAAAAAUGCAUUUUGGACAACAACAAGCUGACAUCUGUACCAGAUUUGAAAGGUCUUAAAUAUAUCGGUUUAUUAAGCUUACAACACAAUCGAAUCACAAAUUUAUCAAGAAUUGCCACAACUGGAAAAGGACACCUGAAUAAACUAAUGUUGGACAACAAUAAAAUCGAUCACCUUCCACCGAACAUAUUUCAGGUUGCUAACGUAACUGGAAGCCUUGAUUUGUCGUUCAACAAGUUGCAGUCAUUACCUGAUAAAGGGUUUACUAAACUCAAUCGUUUGAAAAUUCUAGUGCUAACCUUCAACAACAUCACUAGCAUUAAUAAAUACACAUUCAGUGGACUUUCCAAUCUGACAACGCUCCUGCUAAUCAAAAACAAGCUGACUUUUAUUCCCAAAGACGUUUUUAAUGGAACUCCUCGCCUGGAAUCAUUGUUUCUUCACAGUAACGCAAUUAAAACUAUUGAAAGCAAGGCUUUUGACAGACUCAGACUGAAGCAGUUGACUAUCUUUGAUAAUCCUUUAAGCUCAUUACCAGAUAGAAUCUUCGACAAAAUGGAAAACGAUACCAAAGUGUCAUUGACGUGUAAAAAUCUUCAACAGCUGCCUCGGGGAAAAUAUGUAUCACAAAUUGAGUGUGCUCCCUCGAAGUCUCUGCACGUCAUUUUGGACUGGCAUCAAAGUCGCUUCAGAUUUGCCUUUGCACGCUCAGGUUUUUUGUGCCGCAACCAUAUCUAUGAAAACCAAAGUUUGCAAAUUAAGUAUAAAAACUGCAGUCUCUGUCCAGUUGGAACCUACAUGUCUGCUGAUGGAAAACACUGUUUAAAGUGUCCUGCAGGUGGCUUUUAUCAGGAUGAGAUGGGACAAGUUGAAUAUAAAAGAUGCAGUAAUGGUACGUACGUUUCUGAACAGCGAAGUCCUGGAACCAAAGCUACCGACUGCGUGGCAUGUCCAUAUGGUACGAUUUCUAACGAGACUGCUGAAUAUCGCGCAUGCAGAUGCCUGCACAACUCCUAUCGGUUGGAUCGUUUUGGCCCUUGCACAGCAUGUCCUUCAUACGGUUUUGUUUGUGAGAAAGAUACAGCAAUACUUGCUCCUGACUACUUUUGGAAAUGGACAGACCAGUCUGAAAAAGAACGUUUCAGGGGUUUUGUAAACAAUAUUCAUUCUUUUGGACCACGCUACAAUAAGUCAUAUUCCACGUUCGAUAUUUUACUUCCAAAGCCACUCAAAUGUCCUCAUACAAAGUCCUGCAAGGGUGGAAUUGACUCAGAAUGCCAUCAAGGAUAUCAAGGGACUUUGUGUGCAGCCUGCUCUAAAGGCUUCUAUUUUCGCUUCAACUCUUGUUUGAAAUGUCCCCGGUUAGCUGUAACAAUAACUUCAUCCAUCUUGGUAAUUGUUCUUUUUGUUGCUGCUUUUCUAAUGGUUCUUUGGGGUGACUCCAGGCGUGCAGACAAUAACCGGACAGUUGCAGACGUAGUCAUGUCGUGCUUUAAGAUUGUAAUUGGCUUUUAUCAAGUCCUUGCUGGUAUUUUCUCGGCAUUGGCGAAAGUCCAGUGGCCAGUCGUUUUGAUCUCAACGGAGAGGGUUCUAAAACUGUUUGAAGGGAACAUCUUGCAGUUUGCCCCUCUUAGUUGCAUCCAGACUUCUUUACGGCUCGAUCAGUUUGGAAAGUUCACGAUGAUUAUCGUCAUGAAUGUCUCACUCGUUGGCUUGAUUUUCUUGUAUCUGUUUCUUAAAAAGCGCUACAUCACGAAUAAGAAGGACCUUGACGAAGACCAGAAAGUAAUGGAAGUUAAGAGUUUGAAGAAAUCUUGCUAUCGGAACAUUUUCCUAUUCUUGUUGUCGACCUACCCCACGACGAGCAAAUCCAUCAUUCAGAUUCUUCCUGUUCCGGGCGCCUGUGUAGAGACUUGUUUCACAGACCACAAGAGCGACUGCAUCUUCCUGCUGAGAGCUGACUACUCCAUCCAGUGUUUCACUCCUCGCCACAGGUUGUAUUGGCUCAUAGCCUCUAUUUUAGCAUUAUAUCCCGUGGGAUUUCCACUUCUGGUUUUGUUUCUCACUUACAAAUAUCGCAACUCCCAGGAAAACAAAGCAGUUUCUUUCGGACUCAGGGUGUUCUUUGAAAACUAUAAGAAGAAAUUUUGGUUUUGGGAAAUCACAGAGAUGUAUCGCAAGCUGAUUCUAAUCUCGCUGAUUUUUCUUUUCGGAUCAAAAAGCCUUUCUCAAAUCGGUCUUACAGUUCUGACAGUUAGUAUCUUUGGAGUUAUUUACACCUUACUCCGACCAAUCAAGGACAAGUUUGAAGAUCGCUUACAAACAUUUGUCCUGUGGAUUAUAUUCUUUGACGUUUGUCUUGGCGCAGUUUACACAGACUGGGAUGAGAGUCAAGGAGAGGGCAAGAACGACUCCAUCUUUGUAAAUGUCCUGUUCGUGGUUCUUAACGCCUCUGUAUUGUUGCUUGCCAUUGGAAACGGAAUUCUACAUUUGAAGUCAAUUUGGAAAUUCGUUACCUUCAACCCGAUCCGAUGUUUCUGCUUCCUUCGCCAAGGAGUAUCACAUCUAAGAAAUAGAGUGGUCAAAAGAACAGGAACAUCCAAUGAACUUUCCUCUUUAUUGAAGGAAGAAACUGAAGAACUUCACUGAAAUAUUUGUCUAAAAACUCUUUUGUUGUGCCUCAUGAAAUAUCUCGCUUUAGAUGGCUUAAACACGCAGAGCUUUCGUUGAAAUUUAUCUGGCUGUUGUGAGACUUCUGGAUGACAUUUCAUUGCAACUAAAGGCACUAGCGACUCCCGCAAAGGCUGAGUUCUUCGAAACGCAAAGCGUAAUUUUUUUAAGUCUUUCAUUUAAAUUGAGAUUUUUAGAUAACAAAAUAGUUUAUUUUUAGUAAAAAAAAAAAGGAUAAUACUAAUUUUUUUGGUGAGUUAAAAAGUAGGA